CAGACAGACUGGAGCAGCACAAGAAAUAACUUUCCUGAACUGGAGGGAUAGAAGCUAGGAACGAUGUCUCAUCAGACGGGCAUCCAUGCAACAUCAGAUUUAAGAGAGUUCCUGGUAAAAGCAAGGCAAGGAGCUGUCAGAGUGAUAAAGAUUGUCAUAAGAAGUGAGCAACUGGUGUUGGGAUCCUACAGAGAACUUUCUCAAAGCUGGGACCAAGACUAUGACCUAUGUGUACUGCCUCUGUUGGACUCAUGUGAGCCAUGUUACAUCCUGUACAGACUGGACUCGCUGAACCAGCAGGGCUUUGAGUGGCUCUUCAUCUCCUGGUCCCCAGACCAGUCACCUGUGCGGUUGAAGAUGGUGUACGCUGCCACUCGUGCCACACUAAAAAAGGAGUUUGGUGGAAGUCAUAUCAAAGAUGAACUAUUUGGAACCACACAUGAGGAUGUGUGUUUUCAUGGUUACCUUCACCACAUGUCCUCUUCCACCAGCCCUGCUCCCCUCACUGCAGCCGAGCAUGAGCUUCAUAAGAUCAAAGCUACAGAGGAGGAACGAAGACGAGUUGUAAAUCCAUCUGGAAAAGGAAAGAAGACAGAGAUAAGUAUGCGGGCCAAGCCACUAAACCUACAGGGAUUGGCGUUCCCAUUACAGGAGGAAGCAAAACGAGCCCUACGGCUACUUAAACAGAGACGCAUCAACUACAUCCAGCUGAGGUUGGACACUGAGAAAGAGACGAUUGAGCUGGUCCAUACCAAUCCUACUGAGACCCGUGAGCUACCGACCAGAAUCCCUGCUGAUGCCCCUCGCUACCACUUCUUCCUGUACAAACACUCACAUCAGGGCCAGAAUGUGGAAGUUGUAGUAUUCAUCUACUCCAUGCCUGGCUACAGUUGUAGCAUUAAGGAGCGGAUGCUGUACUCCAGUUGUAAGAACCGACUGCUGGAGGAUGUGGAGAGGGAUUUCCACAUAGAGAUCACUAAGAAGAUGGAAAUAGACAGUGGAGAGAGCUUGACUGAAGAAUACCUUUACGAAGAAGUGCACCCUAAACCCCAAACCUUAAAACAAGUUUUUGCCAAGCCAAAGGGCCCAACAGGAAAACGAGGAAACAAGCGGCUAAUCAAGGGAGCAGGGGAAAAUGGAGAAGAGAGCUAGAAUAAUUGUUUGGUAUUGGGACGGGGCCUCUUAAACCACUUUACACAGUUGCUGUCUAAACUACUGCAUCUCGUUCUGUUUAUUCAUGUCGAUUUCUUAUCUCUUAAAUGUUUUCUGUCUCCCUAUUCUCGGGUCACGCUGUUAAAGUACAAUAAAA